GACCUCAUUUUUGGUGGCUAGGCUCUGCGGCUGUUAUUGGCAAUGCAAGGAUCUAUGUCUUAGAUUCACUUCGUCGCCAGAUAAUACUAUAAGCCGAUUCUCUUUAAAGCUAUGUGGCUACAAUCUGGCCUCAAUAUGUUUUAUUGGUGCCGCGGUUGAUCCUCGAUUUUGA